CCCGUGGGCUGGGCGAGGGCUCAGCCUCCUGCCCAGGAGGCACCUCAGUUAUGCAGCACCCAAAAGCCUUCUAUGCAGCAGCUCAUGAGACCUACAGCCCCCGGCCCCUGGACAAGCCAGAGAGCCCAGCGAGCCGGCCUGUCCAGGCCUUCCCUGAGCCCCUUCCCUCUGUUGGAUCAUCCAGCCUAUACCAUCCCCAAAAUCAGGAGAAAGAAGUGUUUCCGUCUCCGCCGGCAGGUUUCCAGAUGGCACCAUGCGGCUGUUUCUUUGACCCUCGCAUCUACCGGAUUGAGUGGGCCACCACAGAUUUCGGCCAGUCGUCUUUGUACAAGCUGGCCACUGGUGGGGGCGGCGGGGCAGGCGGUGGGGGCAGUGGGGCUGGGUCCCCAGGCAGCUACCUCCUGGACCCUCAACGCUACCUCAAGGCACCAGUGCAGCCCACACCAUACCCCCACUACCAGUCUGUGCCUGGAACACCCCAGUACUUGGUGCCAUACUUUCCACCUGAGGGGCCCACUCCAGCCCCAGCCCCAGCCCCUGAGCCCUUGGGCUUUGUGGCAGGACCACUGAGUGAGGUGCCUCCUUCUUUCCUGGAGCUACCCCCACACCUACAGAAAGAUGGGCUGGGGCCCCCAGCUGCCAAGGAGAACAAGCUUCCUCAGCUGCUCAUCACAUUGCCCGGUGAACCGCUGCUUCAGCCCGGGGCCUAUGGCCACCUCAAGGGCCGGCUGAGCCAGCUACAAGGCCCUGAACCACUGGGCUUUCCAGCCUAUGCUGACAAGUCCAAGGAGAUGAAGGAUGGUGGUGGUGGAGGGGCUAUGGCCAGCCUUAUCUUCCCAUCAACUCCUUGCUGUCCUGGGGAGCAGCCUCCCCCAGCAGCCAUGGAGUCGGUGCCAGCCCAGGCCCCCCAGGAGGCUGAGGAGUCCCCCCUGCUGGAGGAAAAUAAGGCCCUGGAGGCACCAAAGCCCUUUGUGCUGCCUGAGAAGGUGUUACUGGAGGAUGCCAUGAAGCUGUUUGACUGCUCACCUGCCAACACGGAGCUUGAGGGGUCCCCCGGGGAGGGUCUGGGGGGCCUGGGCCUGCUUCGGGAUGGCCCCGGCCCUCCACCUCCACCAGGGACCUGUGACGAUUCAUCCAGCGACAUCCGAUCCCUCAACCUUCCCGAUGAGCUGCUCUCCUUUGACUACAGUGUUCCUGAGAUCCUAGACACUGUCUCUAAUAUGGACUAUUUCUACAACUUCAAAGCCUUGGAUGAGGAGAUCAAGUGGGACCUAGCAAUUGUCCCACCCACCUCCAAGGCCUGCCCAGGUGGGGGAACCCCCCCAACUCCACGGCUUGACCCCCCUGGGAAGAAGAAAUCAGGUGCUGCCUCCAAGAAGGCAAAGCCUGGAGUCAAGUCUAAGCUGGCCACGGGCCCAGUUGAGGGGGGACAGAAAGGCCUGGGGCCCAGGCCAGACCCUUGACAAGCCCUUUGGGCUAAAGAAAUAGAGGGGAGCCGGGGGAGGGGGGAGCCUAGUGCAUGUGGACGGCCAGUCCGUCCCCAAAAUUCUAUUAAAGUGUAUCUGAUAUAG